GGCGCUAUGAAACAAAGUAGUUUCUUCGAUGAUGCCACAAAUAGGCUUUUAUGUUAUUCCCAUUCUUCUUUGACCUCAUCCCUGUUCCCAAAUGCUGGUGCUCGGUGUGAAUGCAUAAAGGGUGCCACUUUGGGUAGUGCCAGGUCUGCACAGUAUGUUACAGGUUAGUUUUGUAAUUGUUCACUCUUCACAAAAUACAUCAUAAUUGUCAACCUAACACAAUCUGAGGUUUCAGUGACAGCCUCUGCUCUGCCAAGUUUGGGUUGCUGGACCACCUCGCAUGUUCUACUGGGCCCAGGUUGGCUAAAAAUGACAAAGGGGGUGGGACCAAGCAGCUGCCAUUGUAAGCCUUGCUGGACCACGAAUGUCAUUUCCCCUUACAAACUGGCAAAGGGGCUGCUGGUGGUGGCGGGGGGAAUCAUGCAUGGUGUGGAUUAGUUCAUGGGAAAGGGAAGGGGGGCAAUGUGCACCAUCUUGGACACUACUUGAUGCUCACAAUCAAAAACCAAGCAAGACUUUUUGAGGGAAACAAGAAAUCGUCACCCUUCCUGAGGACAAUUGAGCCUCUGGUGGGAAUAAUUCCAGAAGGCUAAACAUCAACAAGAGUUGAGGAGAGAAAAGGCACCGCCGCCACUUUCAAGAGACAAGUCAAGGGAGCUGUUAAUGCAACAUGAUCCAAAGGGUCUUGCACUAAAUAUACUUCUGGGUAAGAGAGUGGCAGCUAGCUCCUGAUUCACCAGGUAACCUUUACCUUUUUUCCAUUUAGGACAAUACUUCAGGUAGGACUUUGAACCUUUGUAUUCAGAAAUGGGACUUCCGCUCUCACUAAAUUGUAGUUCAUGUUAAACCAUACAACACCUGGCAGAAGCUAGUAAAAUAACAAUGAAAAAAGCAGAGGCGCCCCUAAAAAAGGGGGCAGAUGAAGAAGCGGCUCUUCCAAGCCCAAUCAUCCCUCCAAAACGUUCCAAAGUGAGCCCGGAGCGAGGACCUGCUCAUCCCAGUCCAACUCCACCGGUAUUUACACGCAAAAUGCGGAACGCCGCCGUUGGGACAGGUUGUGACAUCCGCCUCAAGGUGACUGUGUCUGGAGACCCCCAACCUUCCCUCUACUGGUACCACAAUGACGACCUACUCAACAUGGAGAACCAGGAAUAUGGAGGCCUCUGGAUUAGGGAUUGCAAACCCAGUGAUGCUGGCCUUUACACCUGCAUUGCCAAUAAUCACCUAGGAGAGGCUCGGAGCAGCGCGGUACUGGCUGUUUUGGACCUUGGUGAAGAAUCUGACACAACAGAGGAUGAAGGAGAAGAGCAAUUUGAGACCAAAGACGAUAGCGUGGAUGGUGAAGAUCAAGCUGUGCAUACAGUAAUGGACAUGUAUGCAGAUGAUGAAACCAGAACACAAGAAGAUUAUACCAAAACAAGGAGCCAGUCAAAUGAUUCUCCACCACAAGUUCUCCCACCUCCGUCCCCAAGACUCAUCAAACGCACCUCCACUUCUCCAAUGCCAAGUCGCUCUGGUUCAACUACACCCCUCAGCUUGCGUAAGAAAGCCGUGGUGCCAACGGAAUAUCAAGACACAGUGCCCGCAGAGUUUGAAGAAAAGGUUAAAAUGCCAAAAUCUACGUCCCAAAAUAACACCCAGUAUUCCCGACCACAAACUCCACUGAGUGAGUACUCCCGGAAAGAGUUUACACCCAGACCAUCUCCAAAGCUUACCAGGGCAAGUUCAAAGGUUUUUGAGAAGGUCCGUGACUUAGAAGAGAGACGGCGAAGCCUAGACUUUCCAGAGGGUUCCAUAUCAGGGAGGUCCUGGGCAGGGUUUAAUCGAGCAGGUUCAGUUGACUCAGAUGAUGGAGGUAGCCGGUUGGGUAUUUCUAGAGAAAGCUCCAGGGAAGAUCUGAGAGAAGCUCUCAAAGAAGAUGCAGCUGAACGUAGAUCUAUGUUUAAACAGAGAGCCGCUUUGCUUGAGGAGAAACCUCGCUAUUCUCAAAAGGUUCAGGACAUUGAGAAUAAGUUCACAGAGGAGCUGCAGCGUAUCAAGAAACUUGUUGGUAAACCUCAUUUGAAGAAAUCAUUUUCAACUGAGCAGCUCACUUUGAAGGCCAGACAGCGCCAGCCUUUCCGGAAAAUAGAGCCCAUUCCACCACAAGUCCUUCAAAGGCUGCAAGAAAGGGAACGAUCUCAGUGGGCAAAAGAGCAAAAACAAAAUGGACUAAACCAGCAGUCAGUGCAGCAAACCCAGGAACAGCGGCAUUCCCAAAUCCAAAACAGCGCAAGUAGUGGUGUAGCACAUGUCCAUCCGGAGUCCAUGCAGCUAUCUGACCUACCGGGACAACGAUCCAUUAGAGAACUUAGCAGAGUUAGUCCAGUUACUGAAAUCAUUCAGAGGUCAUCAUCGCCAGCAUUGUUCAAUCAACAGAUGGAAAACUCACCAAGUAAAAAUAAUCCUGACAUGAUCAUACGGAAACUUGAGAAAAGGCCCCCAAGUCCACUUGUACAGAGAGUUUCCAGAAUACAAGAAUCCCCACUUGCCCCUGAAUCUCCUAUGCAAACACAACAAAAUGAGGCUGCAGGGAGAAAGACCCCAAUAGAAGUUACACUGAGAAAAAUUGAAAACAGACCAGAAAGUCCACUAAUACAAAAAAGGGUUGUCCCCAGACCUGAAAGUCCACUAGUAGAAAAGAGGGUUGCCCCUGUACAAGAACCUUGUCCUCAAGCACCCCCCAAGCCUCCAAGAAUGACACCAGUAAAUCCAAUGGGGGUGGAGCUUCCAAAACAACCCUGCAAUAUAAAAAUCCCCACAAUUGUUGUUGAAGAUGAAAAAGUAAGGGAAGAUGUUCCUUUGGUGACAAAUCAACCUCAACAGUUCAAAGACGGACAACAACGGAAGACCAAAGUAAAGCACCGUCGCCCACGACCAAUGUCUCCUCAAUUGGAUUCUUCAGACGAUUCUUAUGUAUCUGCAGAAGAGGACCCAAUGGAAGCACCUGUCUUUGAGUUUCCCCUUCAAGAUACAGUAGCAAUGUCUGGAUCAGAUGUACUGCUAAAAUGUAUUAUUGCGGGCUCUCCUUUUCCGGAAGUUACGUGGACAAAAGACAAUGUUGAGAUUAGCGGCCUUUCGAAUUAUGCAGUCAAAGUGGAAGGUGAACGACAUAGUCUACUCAUAAAAUCAGCUAAAUUAGAUGAUGGUGGAAAAUACAGCGUUACUGCUGUGAACCAAGAGGGCAAAGUGACAAGCAGUGCUACCCUCAGAAUUAAAGCAGAACCCAUUCAGAAGUCAAAGGGGGUCCUGGGUCUUCCCAUGGACAUUGGCAGCCCCAUCACAUCCGAUGAGGAGUACCUCAGUCCCCUGGAGGAAGCCAUAGAUUUUAGUUCAGAGCCAAAGAGAAUACUUGACACAACAUUUAAGAAAGCCCCUGCAUUUCUGGUGACAAUGGCGGAUCAAGUUGUUGUUGAAGGACAUGAGGUUACCAUGUCCGUACGAAUAAGUGGACAACCAAAACCCUUACUUUACUGGCUGAGAGACAGAGUUACUGUAAAAACCGGUCCACGUCAUAUUGUCCGUGAGACAGACAAUGGCACUUUUGAAAUGACCAUCAAGUCAGCAGUGAGGUCGGACACAGGGAUUUACACCUGUAAGAUCAUUAAUGAGUACGGGACGAAGCAAUGUGAAGGGAAGCUGGACGUAAAAGCACCACCGGUUGAGCCAGGCUUGGCUAUUGUCCGCCCUGUCAAAGACAUCACAGCAAAUGCAGGAGACACAGUACUGUUUGAGUGUCAUAUCAUCGGACCCAAAGACACGGAUGUGGAUUGGCUGGCAGAUGGAAAACUAAUCCAACCUGCAUUGCUUAACUGUAAGAUGCAUUUUGAUGGAAGAAAAUGUCGCCUGCUGCUUAAUUCAGUACAUGAGGAUGAUAGCGGGAAUUAUACGUGCAAGCUCAGCACAGCUAAAGAGGAAGUGACCUCUAGUGGAAAACUCAAAGUGAUCCCUUCAGCCGAACCUCUCUUUACACGCAAACUGGAUGUUCUGGAAGUCAUUGAGGGGCGCAAUGCUCGAUUUGACUGCAAAGUCAGUGGGACCCCACGCCCAAAGGUUAUCUGGACUCAUUUUGCAGAUCAUCCCCUCACUGAAAGUGAGGACAUUCGUAUUCUUCAGGAGAAUGGCCGUCACUCCCUCAUCAUUUCUCAUGUGACCAAUGACGAUGAAGGCUUCUAUACUGUCACUGCCACUAACAGUCACGGCGAAGCAGAAUGUUCUGCUGAACUUUACAUACAAGAGCCACGACCAGCCAUCUCUUCACAAAUGGCUAAAUUAGAGAAGAUGCCAUCCAUACCAGAGGAACCUGAGGUCCCUGAGAAUGAGGUUGAGCGGUUUACAAUGCCUGACUUCAUUAAACCCCUUUAUGACCUGGACGUCAUUGAGGGAAAGGAGGCUGUGCUCAAAUGUAAAGUGGCUGGAUUACCAUAUCCGACCAUUGCCUGGUUCCACAAUGGCAGAAGAAUUGAAAGCACAGAGGACAGAAAGAUGACACAAUUUCGGGAUGUCCACAGCCUGGUCUUACGGUCAGUGUGUCAUGGGCAUGGUGGCGUGUACAAGAGCGUCAUAUCUAACAAAAUAGGCAAGGCCACCUGCUACGCUCAUCUCUAUGUCACAGAUAUCCUUCCUGAUCCUCCCGAUGGGACACCAGUGAUCGAAUCAAUCACUGGCAAAGUUGUCACUCUCAGCUGGAAGAAGCCGAGGAGACUGGACCCUUCCAUCGAGGCCAAAUCCUUGAUGUAUGCCAUCCAGCAACAAGCCCUUGGCUCCAUCCAAUGGACCAUAAUUGCAUCGGGCCUGAAGGAGACCACCUAUACCAUCAGCACAUUGUCCAAAGGUGUGCGCUAUUCUUUCAGGGUCUUGACCAUCACCUCCAAGGCCUUUAGCAAGCCCUCACCUGCUACAGACCCAGUUCUACUGUUGGACAGAGGCCCUUAUCUUCAAGAGGCUCCAGUCAUUGUUGAUAAACCGGAAGUUGUGUUCGUGAUGGAAAACCAGUCAGUCACCAUCACCAUCACCAUUAAUCACGUCAAUGCUGCCACCAUCUGGAAAAGGAAGGGAGUGGUUGUGGACAACAAAACUGGUGUAUAUGAGAUGACAAUGCCAGAUGAUGACCAGCACACGCUGAAGCUGAUGAAAGUAAAGAGUGCUGAUAUUGGAGAGAUGAUGUUUGUGGCCUCCAACAAACACGGGAGUGAUAGUUGCACCUUUACUGUGGAAAUGGCAGCUCCCCCAACAUUUGAAACUAUAAUGGAGGAUAUUGAUGUGUGUUGUGGGGAGACUCCUCGCUUUGCUGUGGUUGUGGAAGGCAGACCAAUUCCUGACAUUCUUUGGUUCAAGAACGAUGUUCUCCUGUCCGAGGGCAGUCAUUACACUUUUGUGUACGAUGAUAAUGAAUGUUCCCUGGUAGUUCUUAACGCUUGUCAAGAAGACUCUGGCGUGUACACCUGCACUGCAAGGAACUUGGCAGGCUCUGUGUCCUGCAAAGCUGAACUCACGGUUCAUGAAGCUUUGAGCAAAGAGGAGCCGAUGGAAGAUGAGGACACUAUUCUGAGGAAACUACGACGACUAACUGACCAGUAUGAUAUUCACAAGGAAAUUGGAAGAGGUGCAUUUUCCUACAUAAAACGUGUGACCCGGAAGGUAGACAAAAUGGAGUACGCUGCCAAGUUUAUUUCCACACGGGCCAAGAAGAAAACCUCUGCUCUGCGAGAGAUGAGCCUCCUCUCCAAGAUGGAUCAUGAGCGAGUUAUCUUCUUUCAUGAUGCCUUUGAGAAGAAGAAUGCAGUCAUCAUCAUCACUGAAAUAUGCCACGAGGAGAUGCUGGAGAGAUUUACACGGAAAUCUACGCUGUUGGAGUCUGAUGUACAUUUGUGUAUUAGACAGUUGCUUGAGGGUGUGGACUACCUUCAUCAUGUUAACAUCAUGCACCUCGAUAUUAAGCCUGAUAACAUCCUUAUGGCAGACGCUCAUAACGAUCAUAUCCGAAUUUGUGACUUUGGCAAUGCAUUGGAGAUCACUGCGGAUGAGGCACAGUACUGCAAAUAUGGCACACCAGAAUUUGUUGCACCGGAAAUUGUGAAUCAGACUCCUGUGUCAAAAGCAACUGACAUCUGGCCAAUUGGAGUUAUUGCAUACCUGUGUCUGACAGGAGUUUCUCCAUUUGCUGGUGAAAAUGACCGCAGCUCUGUGAUGAACAUCCGAAACUAUAACGUGGCUUUUGAGGAGAACAUGUUCGCUAAUCUUUCAAGAGAGGCCAAAGGUUUCAUCAUUAAACUGCUGGUUGCAGACAGACUGAGACCAGACACUCAAGAAUGUCUCCGACAUCCCUGGUUCAAGACUCUCAGUAAGGGAGCAGCUAUAAAUACAGAAGCAAUGAAGAAGUUUGUAUCCCGCAGAAAAUGGCAGCGUUCAAUAAUCAGCUACAAAUCUAAAAUGGUCAUGAGGUCCAUUCCCGAGCUGCUGAAUGAUUCCUCAAGUCACAUCUCCAUUGCCGUUCCCAGGCACCUUAAAGAAGCCUCACCUUUACCUUCAUCGUCCUCAGAUUCUGAUGAAGAUAUUGAUGAACUUCCCUUCAUUCCAAUGCCACUUAACAUGGAAUUUUCUGGAUCAAGGAUGUCACUGAAUGACAUCCAGACCAAUGAGAAUGACUCAGGGAAGCAGAAUGGAACCAAUACAUGGUCAAUGUCUAGCACUGAAGAGACAAUGGAACAUGACAAAAUUGAAAUAGACAAAGAAAGGCCUGAGUUGACAGGUAAAAGUUGUCAGCGGGAGGGAACAUUACAUGAUAAUAACUCCUCAUAUGAAGAAUCACCUGCCGAACUGUCUAUAACAGCUCUUAAAAGAAAGCCUCUAAAAAGAGGUUCAAGCAUGGAGUCAGACAAACCUGAGAAUGGACGAAGAAAAGGAGAGCUAAGACGAGGAAGUUCAGCUGACAGUGCUUUGCUUCUUAGGAUUACAGCAGAGGAAGGAGGUACUGAAGGAAACCAAGAGGGUGGAAGAAAGGUUCUCAAGAAAGCUGUCUCCAUGGAACUACCAAAGCGUAGUACCAGUCCAGGAACUGCCAUGAUGAGUCAAGAAGAUUAUGCCCUUAAGCUGGAGCUUAUGAGGCAACGGUUGCUUCGUGGUGGUUCUGUGGACAAGAAGAUGAGCGGACUGCGAGGUCCUCUUUUAGAAACAUUAGGAAUGGGUGAUGAAAAACUUGCAGUCUCUUCAGAUCGCUAUUCCCGUACCACCCGACUGGGACCCGCUUCACUGACUAGAGCAGCAUCCAGUGAUUUGCAAAGAGAUGAUAUUUCAAAGCCUAAAGUUCUGAGCAAAAGUGCUUCCUUCAGUCAAGGUGAUUCAGAACCAAUAGCUUUACACAGAAGGUCUGGGGCUCCUCUUGAGAUUCCUGUGGCACUGGUUGAAGAGCGAAAACUCAAAGAAGCUAUAUCAAUGUCAGCUCUCACUGAACAAUCGAAGUUUGACUCUCGUCCAGUGACCCCAAGAGAGCCUUCACCAAAACCACCAACGCCAGAGUAUGUUGUGCAGGACAGUCUUAUUCAAACCGGAAGCAAGGACUCAUUAAUGGAGAAAGAAACAAAGCUUGAUGAAACCAUAAGUGAAAAGAUGGAUGGAGUGAUUACAGAUAUAGGUAAUUUUGAUGAGAGGUCAAGCACAAGUGGCUUCUCUGAGAAGGACAUGAGCAUAUCUGAGGAUUUAAUGAAUGAAUCAGAGUUUGUUGGCAACAUAGAUCCUUCACAAAACACUGAACUCAAGGAAAAAAUGGAAGAAAUAGAGACAAAAGAACAAGAACAAAAAGAACAGAUUGUGAAAGAAGGUGAAGAAGGAAUUUUCAGUGUAACUUGGCCAAGUGUAUAUGAAAAAAAGUUACAAGAGAAUGAAAUCAUGCCUGAGAUUAUAAUUUCCUCAAACUCAAUUACCACGAGACCAGCACAAGAACCCUCUGACAUAACUAAAGUUUCACCUUAUUCAACAGCGUCACCUACUGUGCCUGUUGUUCUUCCAGAUGGAAGGACUUCUGCAUAUGCUAGUAUUAUGCAGACAAUCAUGGUCCCUUCCCUCCAGCCACUCAAUGACAUGCCACUCAGUCCAUCCACACCUGUUGUUGUUCCUGAAACCAUGUCGUCUUCCGUAUCUCCUGCUGUAUCUGGUCCACCCAAACCACUCAUUCUGUCAACAAAUGAGCAUCCAGCUGUUUACUCCCGAGUGGCCUCACCGGAAACGAUAACAAAAGAUCCUAGCCCACCAAAGACUGCAACAAGUCAAACAUCUGCAGGAAUGGACCUAGAGGACAUUACCUCUGAAGAGGUCUUUGAGUCCCGCUUCAAAAGACGUGAGUCUUCCCUGACAAGAAGUUUAAAAUUUUUGUCCAGACCAAAGAACGAUGACAAAUCCCAGGUAAUGCCACCAGACUCGACAGAGUCAGGCGAGGUCGUAUACAGACCCGGCCCAUUGGGUGCACCACUGGAAUUGGCACCAAGGAAACUUGAGGAGAAGUCUAAAUCAGUUCAGGACCUUCGUGAAGCUCAAAAGGACCAAGGUUUUAUGAGGAGGCUUUCUUUGCGGCUGAAGAGAACACCAUCAACUGAUCGCAAAGAAGAAGUGACCAAAGAAGAAGAUUCAGUGCCCUCAAGACGUAGGCUAUCUUGGACUCUUGGACGAAAACAAGACAUGCAAGACAAGAAGGAAGUGGAGAUGGUGCGCAUGGAUGGUGGAAGUAAUUCCUCUCUUCAAAAAGAGGAAAAUGAACCGAAAAAGCCGAACGAAUCUCCAGUCUUAACAAUGCGUAGGAAGAUUGAGUCAACAGUGGCCGGCAUCUCAACCAGAAUUCGCAGCUUCUCUGAGGAACGGAAAGCAUCAGAAGAGAAGGAGCCAAAGAAGACACCGAUUCUUUCCAUGCUUCGUCGGGCAACAUCAGAGAGCCGUGGAAUGAAAGUCACUAAUGUUCCUCGGAACCAGCUGGCAUCUCAGGCCAGUAAUGGUGCCUCAUCUGAGUCACUGGACUCAAUGUCCAGUUUAAAGUCAGACACAUCAAGGGGCAUUGAAGGGGAGGGAAGAUCUCGCUGGGAUCGAUGGGGUCUAACAAGAGGGAGACGAUCCAAGACUGUUUCACAACCUGAUAUUCCAACAGCUAUCUCCAGAGAAGCAAGUUCUGGAUCAUCACGUCAGUACUCUAGACUGGCUUCUGAUUUCCCUCCAGUUUUCCACAUUAAGCUACGAGAUCACGUCCUGCUGGAGGGGGAUCCAGUUACACUCAGUUGUUUGCCUGCAGGCAGCCCACACCCACACAUCACCUGGAUGAAAGAUAAGAAACCUGUGGUGAUAGAUACAAGGAUGAACAUGAUAGCCUGCCCCGAUGGCCGACAGCUUCUGAUGAUCAUGCAGACCACCAAAAAGGAUGCAGGGGUCUAUGAAUGUGUUGCAACAAAUCCCAUAGCUUCUGUUUCCAGCUCAUGCACGAUCUCUCUUGCACGUCUGCCAAAUCGACCUGGAACACCUGAGAUUCCUCAAAAGUACAACAACACAGCUUUGGUUCUGUGGAGACCCUCUGACACUAUGGCACCUUGCACAUAUUCUCUGGAGAGAAAAGCAGAGGGGGAGACAAACUUCUUAAUUGUGGCUACAGGGGUUGCAGACUGUUAUUACAAUGUGGUUGACUUACCAGCAGGGGGCUUCUUCAGAUUUAGGGUGGCUUGUGUCAAUAAAGCUGGUCAAGGCCCAUACAGCAACCUCUCUGAGGUAGUACGCCUGGAUGCCUCAGAACCAGCUGAGUCCAAUGCAACAGUGGUUGUCAAGACCACAGCUGCCUCAACUCCUCAACCGCCUGUGGUGAUGAUGUCAUCUAUGAAAAUUCCACCAAUGAAACCAGUUCCAAAUAAAGCCACGACACAGACAUUUUCCCAACCUGUCCCUCCCGCCACUGCAGGUCCUGCACCAUCUGAAAAACCUGCUUCCCCCAAAACCAUCCACCCAACUACGCAAGUUGAGUUGAACACUCCAGCUACGACACCCUCUAUUAUUGCAGCUCCUUCGGAACCAGCUCAGACCAACACUAUUGUUCAAACAACAACAGCAGGCAAAACAAAGUCUACCCUAAGCAUCAGUGUUGGCAAACCCCAAACCAAGCUCACCCCUCCACCUGUUGUUUUACCGAAACCUCAGAUUCCUGUUAAGGCAUCCGUGACUACAAGUAUUAGCAAUAAAGCACCCUCACCUACACCCCCACCCGCCCCUAUAAUCGGGAAACCCAUCUCCUCUGUGCCAAUGUAUGCACCGGCUGCAAGUGCUCAUGUCACACCACCUUCUCAAUCUACUCCAGCAAUCACCACCCCCUCCGUCUCUUCUGUGACCAUCUCCCCACCUGUGCUGGUGGUUCAGAGCUUGACACCUGUGCUGCAGGGAGGGGACAGUCGUGGCACGCCGUCUGGACGGGUCACCCCAGCGGGACGGGCCACACCCUCUGGACGCAGGACGCCGCUUGGCAAGGCUGGAGAGGGAUAUCUGCGGCAGGGUGUUCCGCAGAAACCCUACACAUUCAUGGAUGAGAAAGCAAGGGGCCGCUUUGGUGUGAUCCGGGAGUGUCGUGAAAACGCCACAGGAAACCUUUUCAUGGCCAAGAUUGUACCUUAUGAAGCUGAAAACAAGCAGUUGGUGCUGCAGGAAUAUGACAUCCUCAAAUCACUUCAUCAUGACAGGAUCAUGGCACUGCACGAGGCUUACGUCACACCACGCUACCUGGUGCUUAUCUCUGAAUACUGCAGUGGAAAGGAGAUUCUGCAGAGCCUCAUAGACAGGUUCCGUUAUUCAGAGGAUGAUGUGGUCAGCUAUAUUGUGCAGAUCCUCCAGGGUUUGGACUACCUUCAUACAAGGAGAAUUCUCCACCUGGACAUCAAGCCUGAGAACAUUAUUGUCACGCACAUGAAUGUUAUCAAGAUUAUUGACUUUGGCAGUGCUCAGAACUUUAACCCACUUUUCCUCAAGCAGUUCAGCUCACCGGUUGGAACACUGGAGUACAUGUCUCCCGAGAUGUUGAAAGGGGAUGUGGUGGGACCUCCAGCUGACAUCUGGAGCGUGGGUGUGAUCACUUUCAUGAUGCUGAGUGGAAGGUCGCCUUUCAUGGAAAAUGAUCCCCAGCAGACUGAGAUGAAGAUCCAGACGGCAAAGUUUGACCUCUCAAAACUCUACCAAAAUGCGUCCCAAAGUGCCUCACUGUUCCUCAAAAAGAUCCUCUGUAGCUACCCUUGGGCCCGUCCCUCUAUUAAGGACUGCUUUAAUAAUUCUUGGCUCCAAGAUGCCUACCUGAUGCGUCUUCGCAGGCAGACUCUGACUUUUACAACAAUGCGUCUCAAGGAAUUCUUGGCCGACCAGCAGCGCAGGCGAGAGGAAAUGGCAACCAAACACAAAGUUCUGCUUCGAUCCUACCAGAGCUCCCCACAAACCCCCACUAGUCCCGUCACACCAACUGUGCCAACUUUCCCUGUUCCCCAUUAAAACAGGAGUUGACAGAAUGUGAGCAUAAAAACUGUUAGACACGAAGCUGCUAGGUGAAGUAAAGCCUUCAGGUCAAAGUUGCUGAACUUGGUUGACAAAAGGACAAAAUACGCCAAGCUACAACUUGCCUGAUUUUUUUUUUUUCAAGGGAAACUACCUUUGUAUCCUGCUGGAUGUUACCUCAAUGUUUGUAACUUUGGAUGCAUUUUGGAUAAAUAUUAUUAUAACUGGCAACACGUUCACACAAACAACACACACAAGGCCUACACUCACAUUUAAACAUUGCUUUAUU